CACUGUCCAUUUGUUUUGAAAUAUUUUUUGAUUGUUUUUCCGGUCGAAAUGUUUAAAAAACUGAAGCCAGGCGAAAGUGAGGAGGAUGUCCUGCGAAUGGCGGCUGAGUUCAAUGCGGAGAAGGCCAAGGAUCCAAAUUUCCAGCCUGCAGCGGCCUUUGUGCGAAUGGAUAAAGCUCCAAAGAAAUCGAUGUUUGCCCAAAAACGCGAGCAGGCUAAAUUGGGACGUGUUACCACUGCGGUAGGAGAGAAACAGGAACAGAUUUUACCGGCAGCCAAAGAAAUCCCAGAGAUUCCAACAAGUGUCUCAAAAGAAAGUGAGCCACCACAUGUCAAUCAAAUUUUGCUUGAUGAAAUCCAGGAAAACAUUCUGGGCGAUGUGAAGGGCAGUAGAAUGAAUCCCAGUUCCCUGGGAAAUGUGCUGGGUGAACUGGUGGAAAGAUCUGGUGGAACCAGAAGACCUGCCCUCCAGAGUAACAAAAAGGCCAACAGCAGCAAGCCCCUUAGCAUUUUCGCCAAACAAAUGUUGAAAGAAAGUUCUCCCAAUCCAGAAAUCUUAAAAAACCAGUCUGAUUCACCUAGAAAUGAAAGGAGUUCCAUAAUAAAGGAUGCCAAACUUGGCAAGGAACUGCAUCAAGAAAACCUAAAUGUCCUCCACAAAAUGAGCGAACAGGACAUUUUGGCAGAGAAAGAAAGGUUGCUGGCUUCUUUGGAUCCCUCGUUGAUUGCUUUGCUGUCCAAGAAACGUCAAACCAGUCUUAAUUCUAAGGAAAAGAAGACAUCCCCCAAGAUAAUUGAGGCACCACCGCAGCCAACGACGUCCUUAAAAUCCCAAGAUCCACAAAUUUCUUCCUUACCCGAUUCAAAUCCAGCUCUUGAGCUCUUGCAGCAGAGCGAUAAGGGAAAUUGGGUCAAUUUCAACCUCGUGGAGGAUCAUAAAUUAGCCUGGAUGCGAGAUAUCCCCGCCAAGAUAAGCGAACUUAAGCCAGGAGAGCAGUUCAAUGCACGCUUCGACUGGAAAGGAGUGCUUUUGCCCCACUCGCUCAAAGAACAGGAUUCUUCCACUCAACUGGAUGAGCGAGAACUUUAUUUGCAUGGCGAAGAGGCAGAUCGUCCUGGUUAUGCACUGCAAGAGCUUUUUCGAUUGGCCAGGUCCACUGUCUUACAGCAAAGACUCUCUGCCUUUGGGGCCAUUGCGGGGAUCUUCAGCAUCUAUAACCAGGGAUUCUAUGAUCAAGUCUUGUCCCUACCAAUAUCAAAAAUAUUCUUUCUACUGCGCUUCGGACUCGACGACAAUGCGCCCGCUCAGCUGGAGGUUGUGAGUCGAGCUCUGGCCAACCUGUUCUACAAUGAAACGGACGAAGUCCUUCUUGAUCAUAUCCAAGAUAAUGCCUACUGUCAUUGGCAGCCUACCCUGCAGGUUUUGGGGAAUGGCAGUGACGACAAAGAGGGAGAUACAGAUACCAAUUCCAUAGCUUUUCUACAACGCUACAUGAAGCUGCUGACCACCAGCCAAUCUGUGCGCGCGGAAGUUAAUGAAGAUGAGACGCAGAGUCGAAUGUCCAUGGACGACUUUCAAUUGGCUGAAACAGAUCUCAUGGACUGCCUGCUUAGAACAAAUAUAUUGCAAAGGAUUCGGUUUGUCUUGGACUCCGUGAAACCAGAUAAUAGCACAGUGGAGUCCUGCCUAAAAUUACUUAUAAGGAUCGCUCGCACAAGCAUAAAAGUCGCUCGGCAGUUGGCGAAUGAAAGUCACCUAAUGGAAAAACUCUUCAUCUACUUUUUACCCUCUUCUAGUGGUAACCAGCAGUUUUAUGGUCAGCCGCAAAUUCUUUUUCUAAAACUAAUUCGUGUGUUGAUUUGCCAACAUCUGGAUAUUGCCAAGAGUCUUUCUAAAGGGGUCCUAAUUGUGCGACUUCAGCAAUACUUGUUCCUUCAAGACAAUAAGGUCCAGAUGGUGCGCGUUCAGAUCGAGGCACUGCGCAUUCUGCGCUGCCUACUGCUUCUGGGAAUCGUGGAUCGGGAUAUAUUCAGGCAGUUCCUGCCCGCACUGCGCCAGCUGCUGGACUGGCAUGGCAAUCACUGUGUUUUCGAUGGCGUGGGCGGAUCGGGGCUGGUGCGACAACACGCAGCCGCCCUGUUGGUCGCACUGGUGGCCAGUGGCGAGAGCGGAGCAUGCGACAUCGAGGGACAGAAGCUGCUCGUGGAGCCGCUCAACAACUGCUGCUGCGCCUGGCUGCAUUCCGCUUCCCGCGUUGAGAAGAUUAAAGAUUUCAGUCAGAUGACGCUGUUGAGUGCCGUCCUCUAUGCCGUUUGCUGGUUCUCCCAAAAUAGCUACUUGGGAACCACCAGUUUCCAGACCUUCCUGCGCAGCAUCCUACCGAAAUUUGUGCAGUCCAGCGGCUUUAUAGCCACCGUACAUGACCUAGCCAAGAGCUCCGUCAUGCUGAGACGCCCUAUUGAUCGCCGCCAUGUGCACGCGGCGUUGCCUAAUGUGGGCGCAGUGCUGAUGCACGACUACGGGCCGCAGCUGAUUGUCAGUGAGACGUAUCCGGUGCCUCUGUUGAGUAACCUCUGGGCCCUGCUCGCCGUUUCGCUGGAGAGCGGCGAGAAGCCAUUGUUCGCGGCGCUUAUGCAACCGGCGGUGCUUGAACCCCUGGCCGAGUAUCUGCGCCAGCUGGGCUCCCAACUCAAUCGCGUCCUGGCCACCAACUUCUUUGCCCGCAGCGAGCUGAGGUUCAUCCAUCAGCUGCUCACGACGGACGGAAUGGAGACGUACCUGGAGCGCCAGCAGCUGCUGCAGUUGGUCUACAACUACCUCUGCUGCCUGUCCACCGCACAUGCCACACAGAUCAAGAGCACCUUCGAGCGGUUUAUCUUCAAUGCGGAGUUUGUGAAAUUGGACGAGGCAAGCCUAAAGCUGCUGCAACAAUCCUGCCUGGAAAUGGUCUAUCCACACAUAAUUGCUGACAACUCUGAGCCGUCGCUAUCCCUGAGCUACACCCAAGCGCCCAUCCUGCCCGCCGACUGGCCCUUCUUCCAGCUGCGCCUUAUCCUCAACAAUUACUUGCAAAAUGUGCAGCAGCGCCCUGCGGCCAUAUACUCGGAAAACCAGGUGGUCCGCAUGACAUUGACUUUCGUACGGCAGCUGGAACGAGAGGGCCUGCAGAUUGUUAGCCCGCUGGAGAAGCUCAUGUAUCUGAUGAUUGCUUUCAUGGGCCCAGACUCCCAGUUCCUGGCACCGGAUUUGCAUGAGCUGCUGCACGAUUGCCUGAUGGAUUUCUACAAGCAGAAUGGCACCCAUGACUUUGACUUUGAUGCGGAGUUGGCCGAUAAGGGUCGCUUCGAGCCGCUUUACUAUCUGUUCGUCGAACACUUCGAGGCGGCCAGCUAUGGCGAUGAGCUGUUCAGUUCCCUGGUGCUGUUGCCAUUGGCCCAAAAAUAUGAUAACAAGUGGCGACGGCGUCUUUGGUCCGAGCAUGUGCAGGCGGUGCGGUUCAUAAACUGCGAUGAAAAUUUGUUGAUGGGCGGCCUGUCUGCCUAUUUGGAGCCCGUGGAGGAGGAGCCUUCGCUGGUGAAGCUGUACGGCGAUGCAUUGCAGCAAAAGAUGGUGCGUCCUGGGAGCAUUGCCUAUCGGAUAGCUCAGCACCACUUUAACAACUCGACGUCGCUGCAAAAAGCCAAACUGUUUUGAUUAUCUAAAGACUAAUUUUCGAUAGUAGCUCUUCAGGGGCUGUGGUGAAACUGCGAUAAAGCCUUUUAAUUUUGGAA